CUCCGCCUUCACUUCAUCAAAGGCUUUCUCGGCUUUUCUAGCCAAAAGGUUAAAAAAAAUUCAUAAUAAUAAUUAUUAAUCUCAAACCACCUGCAUAUUUUUAAUUUCUAUUCCACUUUUGUGCAAGGAAUUACACCAAAAAAAGUGUUUGUGUGCGUGUCUUUUUUUAAAAUUAUUUUUCUUGAUUUUCUGACUCAACUUCUCUUCGAUCGAGAUCCAUUGAAGUUUACUUUGAUCAAAAUUGAGGAAAUUGAAGCAAAAUUUUAUUGGAAUUAUUAGUGGAGAAUAAAAUUUGCACAGCGGAGCAAGAAUGAAUCGUGUUGAGCCAAAUUCUCAAGUUUGAGGAGCCAAUCAUGUGGUUUUCCUUUUGGAGAUCCAGAGAUCGAUUCUCCUUAGACGAACUCAGAUAUUUAACGAACCAGUUGCAGAAAGUUCAAAUUGUUAAUGAUGUUAAUAAGGAUUUCGUUAUUGAGGCAUUGAGAUCUAUUGCGGAGUUGUUGACAUAUGGUGAUCAACAUGAUUCUUCCUUUUUCGAGUUUUUCAUGGAGAAGCAAGUCAUGGGAGAGUUCGUACGUAUACUGAAUAUUAGCAGAACUGUGACAGUUUCUCUUCAGUUACUUCAAACAAUAAGCAUUUUGAUUCAAAACCUAAGAAGAGAACAUGCCAUAUGUAAGUUGGUUGUUGAAAGAAAAAAACCAAAAUUUGCAGUUCCUUGGUCUUUUGAGUUGAUUCUAACACUGUUGGACGAUUUUAUUGAUCUUCCUUGUGAAAUUUUUGCAGACUAUAUGUUCAGUAAUGAACAUGUUAACUACCUAAUAACUUAUUCAUUUGACUUCCGCAAUGAAGAGCUACUUUCUUACUAUAUAUCAUUCUUAAGAGCAAUAAGUGGAAAGUUAAACAAGAACACAAUUUCUCUGCUUGUAAAGACUCAAGAUGAAGAAGUUGUUUCCUUCCCGUUGUAUGUUGAGGCAAUACGGUUUGCUUUUCAUGAAGAAAGCAUGGUUCGCACAGCAGUGCGUGCUAUAACACUGAAUGUUUAUCAUGUCGGAGAUGAAUUUGUCAAUAAGUUCAUUGCCAGUGCCCCUCAAUCUGAUUAUUUUUCAAACUUGGUCUCAUUUUUCCGGGAUCAGUGCAUCAAUUUAAGCAAGUUGUUUUCUGAACGUCCAAAAAACCCAUGCUCGGAGUCUGUUUCUGCGAUACUUGCUAAAGUGGAUGAAAUUGAGGACAAUCUCUACUAUUUUAGUGAUGUUAUCUCUGCUGGGAUUCCUGUUGUUGGGAGUUUAAUAACAGACAACAUUUUGCAGCUUUUGAUACUUCCAUUGCUGUUUCCAGCUCUUCAAAUAGAUGCUGACAGUAACUUGAAGAUUGGUGCAGUCACUUCUUUGUACCUACUCUGUUGCAUCUUACGCAUCGUUAAAAUCAAGGAUCUGGCAAACACCAUUGCUGCAGCUCUUUUAUAUCCACUAGAGACUUUUGCUGCAAAUUCUGAAGUUAAAAUCAAUGGCUAUGUUUCUGGAAAUAAUUGCACAAAUGAAAGUGAAGAACCAUUAGUUGAUAGUGUUACUCUGGUGAAUGCUGGAAAAUUAUGUGUUGAUAUACCAAACAAGGCUACGUCUUCACAGGUUCAUCCUGGAGGCAUUAUUGCAGAGAGGGAUUUUUCCUGUUCACAUUUGUCUUUGAGGGAGACUUUGCUUUCCUAUGUCACUGAUGGAGAUGAUGCACGAGCCCUGGGUUCUUUGAGUGUGUUGGCUACAUUGUUGCAAACCAAGGAAUUGGAUGAAUCAAUGCUAGAUGGUAUUGGUAUUCUUCCUCAGCGCAAACAGCACAAAAAACUCUUGCUGCAAGCUUUGGUAGGUGAGGGCUCAGGUGAAGAGCAACUUUUUUCUUUUGAAAGUGGCUCCGCAAGAGAUAGUUUUAGUUCUGAGCUUGAUGGAUAUUUAAAAAAGUUGAAGGAACAAUAUGGAGUGUUUAUUGGGGGAGCAGCAGCAAGCCCUCGUAUACAUAGAAACCAGGUCCUUGAUGCAUUGGUCAAACUUCUUUGUCGAUCAGAUAUAUCUACAGAAAUUUUAUGGGAUGGUGGUUGGCUUUUGCGACAAUUGCUUCCUUAUAGUGAGGCGGAGUUCAAAAGCCAUCAUCUUAAAUUGUUGAAGGACUCAUAUAGGAACUGCAGAAGUGCUCUUGUACAGGAGACUAAAGGGAUUUGGGUCGAUCUACUUAUAACAGUGCUUUGUGAUCAGUGGAAAAAAUGCAAAAGAGCUAUUGAGGCUUCAUCCCCUCGAAAGGAGCCCAAGUGCAUUCUUUUGCCAUUUCAGAAAUUGAAUUCUGAAGAUAUUCCUGCUGAGUCAUCCUUCACUGCUGGUGAGAGGAUGAGUGAAUUGGUAAAGGUAUUUGUGCUGCUUCAUCAACUUCAAAUUUUCUCCCUCGGUAGGGCUUUGACUGAACAGCCUCCUAUCCAGCCACAAAUUGAUAUCCCAGAAAUAUCCCGUGCCAGGGCAGCUGGUCUGGAUGUUUCAGGUCCAAAGCCAGGCACUGAAGUAAAAUUUGUUCAUGCGCUGCCUUGUCGAAUUGCAUUUGAAAGGGGCAAAGAACGUCAUUUUCACUUUCUAGCAGUUUCUGUGGGCACAUUAGGAUGGGUUCUUCUUGCUGAAGAGUUACCAUUGAAGCAGAAUUAUGGAAUGGUUCGUGUUGCUGCACCAUUGGCUGGUACAAAUCCCAGAAUAGAUGAUAAGCAUGCAAGAUGGCUACACUUACGUAUCCGUCCAUCAACAUUACCGUUCUUGGAUGCUCCUAAAUCUGGCACACCCGGUGAAACAAGGAUAAAAUCUCUAGUUGACGGUAGAUGGACCUUAGCUUUCAGAGAUGACGAAUCUUGCAAAACUGCUUUAUCUAUGAUCCUGGAGGAGAUCAAUCUACAAAACAUGGAAGUGGAGAGAAGACUAAAACCAGUUCUUGACCUUGAACUGUAAGAUUCUCCAACUCUUUAAUUUUCCAAAUACCUUCUUUGAGUACACUUUGCUCAAAAGUUGAAAGUACCCAUUGUUACCAUCCUGCUUUGAGGUUCAUGUUUUUUUUAGGCGAGAGUUUAUUUCCUUUUCCAAUUACAUCCUUUUGUAUAUGGUGUAGAUUAGGUCCCCCAGUCCCUAGAUUUAGUGCCAUUCUUGGUUUAACUAGCUAUAGCUAAGCUAUAUCCUAUAUCCCUUAUUUGAUAUAUAUAUAUAUUAGUUUUGCCUUAUUUUUAUUUGGCAUCCUCUUUUUAAAUAUUUUUUUAUGGUUCAUUCUUAAGCUUAGGCAUUUUCCUACCCUACUCCCUACCUCCUAAUUUUGUAAGUUAUGUAACAUCAAUGUACAUUUUGCUACUUCAUAGAUGUAAAAGCCAUUGUGCAUUUCUUUUGAUUGGUUUAAGUUUCAGUCAUUUCGGAUUUGAAUUUUAUCAGAUGUGGAUAUUGCAUAUUUGAUCAUGUUAUGUGUAAUCACUUAUACAUAAUUUUAAACUUUAAAUUUAAAAAUAAAUUAUCUA